UUAUCUUUUGAGGGCCCAUUCAUGUCGUCUCCAACUGUAGCAGCACAAAAAAACCUCCUCGUUGCCACGCUUGUGCUUCUUCUCGUAGCGAUUUCUAGCGGGAACACCAACAGCAAAUCACCCGUGAGCAAAGGCAGGAUGUUUCGCCAAGACUAUCCCGAUGUCGAUCCAAGCCCUCGGUCAUGGGUACCAGUGAGACCGGGAAAAGUCUCCUACAAAAGGCUCGUUCCUAGCCCUCCUCCACCUCCAAAAAGUUCGCUCUCGCCUCCGCCGGCACCAAGUCCUCUCCCGGAACCACAGGGACGUCGGAGGACCAAAAGGACGUUGCCAAGCUCACGAAAUUGACGUCUUCACCAGCCAAGUGUAUCAGAGUUUCCAGUCGUAAAGCCAACGAGUGAUUGCAGAGCCAGCCUCGCUCCUGACUUGUUCCAAUGGAUUUUUUGGAAAUUCUAAGUCGAAGUUUCCUUCUUCCGGCUUGAA